UGAAACUUCUUUAUAUAUUGCAUAAUAAAGCAUUUUAACGUUCGUAUGUAAGCUGCACAGGAUUAUAGAAACACGUCUGCGUUUGAUGGCCUUUCUGUACAGAAACAGACAUCUUCAAAUCGCGUGCUCCUGCAAAGCUUCAUUAUGUAUUUAAAGUGAAGGGAAGUACACGGCUUCUGCGUUUGCAAAUGACCGUGAGCUUUUAGAUCAGCCGUUUUACGAGCGAUGGUUUGGGAAAUGAAAGAGUAAAGCAGAGGUCUGCGUGUCUGUCGGCCGUACGCAGCGCUUCCCUCGGGGCUCCGACGCUGGGAACGUUUGAUGUGCUGAGAGCUGCGGAGGCCAGGUGUGUAAAACUGUAAAUUUGCCUCCUAAAUACAAACAGGAAAAGUGAAAGAGUGCUUGACCUUCUGCAGAGAUGAACCAUUUCGGCAGUAAACGGCCCUCUGUUUAGCUCCCUCAAUUGCCUCGUUAGAUUUAUUACCCUCGUAGUUUCACUAUCAGCCUUUGAAUUCAACUCAGGCUUUGAAGUUUGUCUGUACAACACCGACAAAUGACAGACGAGACCCUUCUUGCCAGGGUCUUGAGAAAUCCUGAAUCUCACAGCACGUGAUUUUUCAUAAAUGUGGACACGGUGGGCGUUGAUGCAACAGCUAUUUUUUAAAGUCUGUGUGCAGAUCUCACAGGAUUCGUCCCACAUGCCUCAGAAAGAAAGAGAGAGAGAGAGAGAACGGCUCCCUCUCUCGUCCACCGGAGGCCUGGCCAGCAGAAACAGACCAUUCUCUCUCUCUCUCUCUCUCUCUCUCUCUCUUAUUCUCUCGCGCCAGCAUCCCAGUGACAGCUGAGUGGCUGCGGCGUAAUUGCAGAGAAGUGAGGUCAGCAGGAGGCUUUUAUCAGAGAUCGCACAGCGAUCAGAAACACGAGAAGAAGAUGCACAGCGCAGACGUUCUGCCCCAAACUCCCUCUCUCUGUGCGUCUCAGUGGAAGUUUCUCUGCAAUCAUCAGGACUCAAACGCACAAUCUGGAAGCAGAAGAAUGAACAGUGUGUGACAGUGGCGUCCGUUUGUUGAUUUGUGUCAUUAACAGCAGAAACACACUGCUGCCUCCUCCAGCUCCAGAUUCUGCUGCCGCAGCAGGAGGUCAGAGGUCACGCCUCCAACUAAAGGAUUGUACUGGGAAAGGGUCCGAGCGGAUCUCCCACAGCUUGAAGAUCCAACCCGAGUUUUGCCUUCAGUAUGUGGAUCAUGAACUCCUUGAGAAACGCAGUAUAAUGCGCAAAUGGACGCUGCGAUGGAAACUGCCUGAGUUUGCGUGUGGACUGUGGCUGGUGCUGCUGGUCAGCCGAGUGUGUGAUGGAGAGUCUGUGACCGACUGCUCCAAACACGAGCGCCACACCAGGAACUACGACUACAUGGAAGGAGGGGACGUUCGGAUCCGACGCCUCUACAGUCGCACGCAGUGGUUUCUGAUGAUCGACGAGUUCGGGAACAUCAACGGGACGCAGGAUCCCAACAACUGCUACAGUGUUCUGGAGAUCAGGACGGUUUCGGAGGGCGGCGUGUUGGCCAUAAAAGGACUGAAGAGCCAGUAUUAUAUUUCCAUGAACCGCACCGGAAUGUUACAGGGCAAAAAAGACUACAACGACAGCUGCAACUUCAAAGAAGUGUUUUUAGAGAACUACUACACGGCGUACUCGUCCGUCAAAUGGACUAAAAACGGCAAAGAGAUGUUCAUCUCUCUGUCGCAGAAGGGCCGGCCGCUGAGAGGAAAGAAGACGAGGAAGGAGAGCAUCUCUUCUCACUUCAUCCCUCGAAAGUGCAGGGAAGACGAGAAGAAGCUGGCGUGAAGGACGCUGUUACUGGAUCUGUUCGGCUUUAAUCGUCUGAUUCAUCAAACUCCGUCAAUAAAACAUUCAUUCUUUCACACACACACACACAGAGUCUGGUUAGCUAUCCUUGUAGGGACUCUCCAUAGGCGUAAUGGUUUUUAUACUGUACAAACCGUAUUUUCAAUCACCCUACACCUAACCCUACCCCUUACAGGAAACUUUCUGCAUUUUUACUUUCUCAAAAAAACUCACUCUGUAUAAUUUAUAAGCUUUUGUACCCAUGGGGACCUCAAUUUAGGUCCCCACCGUGACACACACACACACACACACACACACACGCACAGAAGAAGCAGUUGGUAAAUCACGUUCAUAUAUGAAAGUGUUUUGGACUCAUGUAAACUAACAGUUAUAAAUACUCAUCUGUAUUUUGAGAUGAAGCUAUUUUUAUGUUUCGGAGAGAUGUUUAUGUUUUUGUUCAUGGCACUUUCACCACCAUUAGAGCCCAAAACAAUGAAAACAAAAAAUAAACACUGCAUUUAUAUGGAUGAACAUUUUCAAUAAAUACGGCAGCGCUGUGUGUUAAAUAUCACAGUUUAUAUCGCUCCAUUUAUACUGCAUAAAUACAUUCACAUUCAAUCAACAUUUUCAUCUAGUUUGAGACAUUCCUUUCUCAUUUCCAGCCCUCAAUUCUACAAUUCAGUGAGAAAAUAAUAGCAAUUGCCUUACUUCAUUUUGAUGCAUGCGAUUGACAUUCACGUCAGUGAGUGAUUCAUCAGUUCUAAGAAAUACUAUGUUUGUCUUCAUAAUCUUCCAUCCAAAUGUCCUAACGAUUUUCCUUCUCGUCAUCCAUCCGCCCUCAUAUUGAGACACUUUCACCAUGCAGUCAGUUGGAGUAAUUCUGGUAAACACAUGAUAAAUCGAUGCUUUAACGUGGGAGUCUGACCGUAUUUCGUUUCUCAUAAUCACUCGGCGCUCUAAUGCGAUCGUGUCCAUGUGUUGUUGUGUGUUAUUUAUGAUAUUUAUGUGUCGCUGGCUCUGAGUUCAUGACCGCAGUGAACCGUCUGUAUUCUGGAUCGCUGCGCUGCAAACACAAACACACAGAGUUUGCAGGAGUUUUUCAUUUGCUGCUAGAAAUCGGAGGUUUUAUAUGAUUAUAGAUCAAUUUCAAUAAACAUGUAUAUUGUACCUUUC